AUGAACGCAGUGAACUCGCUGCCUGAGCUGACAGAGAGGAAGCAGGUUAUUGAUAAGCAUACCAACAUUGCCACCACAUUGUUGAGUGAGAUUAAACAGAGAGCGCUCAAUAAUUAUGUGAAGACAGAGAAUGCAAUGAUGAGAGGGACCCUUGAAUGGAAAGACCUUCUUGGCGUGCUUAAGGGACCGGGCACCAAGAUGGAUAAGCUUCGUUUUGCCAUCCUGUAUCUUAUUUCCUCUGAAACCAUCAAUCAAUCAGAAGUGGACAGUGUGGAGGCAGUACUACAAGAGUCAGAGGUUGAUACUGCUGCUUUUCAGUAUGUGAAAAAGAUCAAGGCAUUAAACGCUUCCUUUGCAUCGGCAAACUCUGCCAGCAGAAGUAACAUUGUUGACUGGGCCGAGAAACUCUAUGGACAGUCAAUUAGUGCAGUCACAGCCGGUGUUAAAAAUCUGUUAUCUGGUGACAAGCAGCUUGCAUUGGCAAGGGCAGUUGAAGCCUUGAUUGAAGGAAGGCCAAAUCCCGAAAUAGAUUCAUAUCUUAUAUUUGAUCCACGUGCUCCAAAGUCUGGUUCAGGAACAAGUAGCAGCCAUUUGAAGGGACCCUUUAAGGAAGCAAUUGUAUUCAUGAUCGGUGGAGGUAAUUAUGUUGAAUAUUGCAGUCUGCAAGAGCUUUCACAACAACAGCAGCCUCCUAAGCACAUUAUAUACGGGGCAACAGAACUCCUGACUGGAGUGGACUUCGUAGAGCAGCUUACAGUGUUGGGACAAAAGAUGGGUUUGGGUAACGUUGCUUUUACCUCCUCAGCCCAGUAG